AACUUUUUCAUGUAACAACGAAGACGUUUCCAUGUGAACCCAUACACAAACUAACGAUCACAUUCAGACAAAAUGGCAAAGCUACUAGAGCUCACUUGCGUCGGUGCUCGGCAACAAGUGGUGUUUUUAUACGCGUUUCUCAUCUCUGGGCUUACGAAUUCGGCCAUUUUGGCUGUGGAAUUUAUCGUUGAGGAACAGAUGCCACUUACAAAUCGACACUUUCAUCAUACAAGACAUGCACGAGCGAGUCGCUCGGCACCCUACAAAUCAGCCGCCUCGUCCACUACAAGCACGCAAUCCCAUGAGUACGAUUCGUUCUCUCUGAAUUGCCCACAUGUAGCGGAUGCCAGUAAUAGCAAUGUACGUAUAGAAGUGACGUGGACAUUAAACGAUACUAUUUGGCUGAAAAUAGAAGAUGGAGAGAAGCGAAUAUAUAAUAGACUCACUACUUUCAACAAGCGUAUCAUAGCGGGUAAAACGGUGCUGCGAGUGCUUCUGAACGACGGUCGCUAUUUCUUCGAUUAUGAUGAAUUAACCGGCGACUUUGCUAUGGAAAUACGACCUAAAGGAAAUACGCACACAUUGACAAGCCGAAGUCGAGUAAAGGUACCACAUGGGCACCGUGCACACAACAAUCGUCCUCUAGACUCGACCCGAUAUAGUUAUGACUAUUUGCCUCCGCUCAGGCAACAAAACCCUGUGGAUCUCUGGGAUGCGAAGCCCAAUAAAGUCACUUCCUUCACUCGGAAUGAUCAAGGAGUUGUACAGAUAAGUAGGGAGGACAUAAAUAGGCCGAAGACGGUGGUGUUCGACCGCCAAGCAGCAUUAGCCGCUCAAAACCGACAUGCCCACGCUUCUAUAGAUUACGAAUUGAGUAUGAACGAAAAUGGGGAGGAGCCUUACUACUUACCGCGCUCUCGAGCGCGAAGUACGUACUAUAGUGCUGCAUCAUACUUGUCUAUGUCACUUAUGUUUGUUAACCUCUUAAUAUUGCAUAUGAUUAUUUGAUAAAA